GCAAAAAUCUAAAGACCACGUCGUAUAGACACUCCCAAUCUUGUUCCUCCAAGAACAAAGAGCGGAAGUUCAAGCAAAGAAAUCAACAGGGAGAUAUGGAGAGUGGCAUUGCAACGUUCACCGGAACCUUAUCUACCCCUCCAAGACCUGCCGCCGCCGCUUUCCUCCGCCAGAACGGCCCCAUUUUCAGCCAACGCCAUAAUAAUUUUCGCCAUUUUUUCCCAAUUACCACUACCAGUAGUAGUUGGGUUGGUCAAAAUGCUAGCUGCGGCAGAAGCAAAGGCAGCUUACGGGUGAAAUCGCUAAAUCAUAGUCUGUCGAGCAAGUGGGAGGUAUCGAACUAUGCAGCUCCUUCAUGGCUGCCGAGAUUCGAGGAGCUUGAUACCACCAACAUGCUUCUUCGCCAGAGAAUUAUCUUCUUGGGCAGUCAGAUUGAUGAUACGACAGCCGACUUCAUCAUAAGUCAGCUAUUGUUGCUUGAUUCUGAAGAUCAGAAAAAAGACAUCAAAUUGUUCAUUAAUUCACCUGGUGGCUCUGUAACUGCUGGAAUGGGUAUAUAUGAUGCCAUGAAAUUGUGCAAGGCUGAUGUGUCUACCAUCUGCAUGGGUCUUGCUGCUUCAAUGGGUGCAUUCCUCCUUGCCUCUGGUACUAAAGGAACGGUGAUGAUCCACCAGCCACUUGGAACAGCUGGUGGCAAAGCAACGGAGAUGAGCAUUCGCAUAAGAGAGAUGGCAUAUCACAAAGUUAAGCUGAACAAGAUAUUAUCAAGAGUCACAGGGAAGCCUGAACAGCAGAUUGAAUUGGAUACUGAUCGUGAUAAUUUUAUGAACGCUUGGGAGGCAAAGGAGUAUGGAUUGGUUGAUGCAGUCAUUGAUGAUGGCAAGCCUGGACUAGUUGCACCAAUUGCAGAUGCUUCACCUCCACCCAAAACCCGGGUGUGGGAUCUUUGGAAAAUAGAAGGCAGUAAAAAAGCCAAGAAGAAUUUACCGUCAGAAGAAAGGAUUUUACACAACGGAUAUGCAAGUGGGCAAGGUAAUGAUGAGGCACAAGGCACAGCGCAGAAUUAGUAAGCGGCACGCGUCAAUGUGGCACAGCGCCAUAUAUUUCUUGUAUGCAUGGUCGCAUCUAGACUUUUGGCAAUUUUUGGUGGUGUACCAGCAAACCAGGAGAUAGAAGAUCAAGUUAAAGGAAGAGGAUAGACAAAAUCUACCAUCUGAUAAAUAUGACAUUCAAGAAUUGUGUGUAUAUGUUGAACUCUCCCAUUGUGAAAAAGUAAGAGGAUAGAAAUGGAACCAUCUCUUAGAGCCAAA